ACUUGAAACUAAACAAUCCAUUAUUCAGAGUCUCUAAGAGAAACGUAAAAUGUCACGAAUCCAUGGUGACCUUCAUCUGUUAGAACUAGGGGUAAAAUUGACUGGAACACUGUAACUUGUAUGUUAAUUACGUGUUGUUGUAAUAAUAUAAAAAAUAAAACAUGUAUAAUUGUCUUUUACCCCGCUAGGUCUGGCACCUCAGUGCCCCAAGAUAUCUGCUAGAUAUCUUGGCGGAAACACAUCCCAGCUGCACACUUUCCUACACUCAAACCCUCACAUAAAAGAACACACAACACAAUAAUCUUAGAUCCAAUUGAUAAGAUAUAAUUGCCCACUUAAACAUACAAAGCCCGGUACCAUCCAUCCCUUAGGAACAUUAAUAACAACCUGUAAAUACACAGAGCAGAAUCUUAACAUCACCUGCCAUGGCUUCUCACCCUCUCCUCCUCCUGUCUCUUCCUUUCCCUUCUAGUCUCCUCCUCUUCCUUCCUUCUCUCCCGCCCAUCCUUCCUUCUGCUCCAAUGACAGGCCUCCUUCUAUCCUGUACCUGCCCCUCACCUGUACUUUACAGAUUCAAGGGGGAGAAGGUUCUGGUGAAGUCACCUGAUUACUGAGUAGUGACUAGGCAGCUGUCCUUGGGGCAGUGGAAUUAGCAUCAAAAUACAGAUAAGUCCAGGGCAAACCACAACAUUUACAUGCUGUGGUUCUCAUACAUUGACUGGAACACUGUAGCUUGUAUGUUUAUUCUGCGCCUGGUUCUCAUGUAUAUUUUUCCCCUUACUGAGUCCAGAACUCUGAGGUAAUGUUUAUCUUCUGUAAUCUUUUUCCUUUCUGCCCCAUCCCCAGCUUCUCUUUCUUGAGGAAGCCUCUUCUUGUAGCCCUGGGCUAUCCUCAAACUGGCUGUGUGGACAAGGCUCACCUUUAGAUCCCCCUCCCAAGUGUUUGGUUACAACACCUAGGUAUCCUUUGUAACUUCAGUUGAGAAAAUAGAGGAUCACAGGCGUUAUAUACGCUACCCAGCUUUAUUCAUUACGGGCGUUGUAGUUAAACACGAGCCUGUCAUACUCCAUAAUUUCUGCGCUUUCUUCUAGUUGGCUAGCCAGUUAGGAGUUACCAUCCAUUGUUUUGUUACAGAUUUUGAAUGCGUGUGUGCGUGCGUGUGUGUGUCUGCGUGUGUGUGAGAGAGAGAGAGAGAGAGAGAGAGAGAGAGAGAGAGAGAGAGAUUGUGUGUUUUAAUUUACCAAUGGUUAUUUUUUUCUACUGGAGAAGGAAGGUUGUCUAGGCAGGCAUGGUGGCACACACACGUAAUCCGAGCACUUGGGUAGCUGAGGCAGGAGAACUGUGAGUUUGGGACCAGGAUGUGAGACUCUGUCAUCAGAAGGAAGCUGUAGGAGCCAAAACUGGGUGUUCGGUGCCCCUUUGACUAACUGUGAAGCUAGAGAAGUUUCUCCUGCUUUGAGGGGGGCCUAAGUGGAAAGGAAUAUACAAGAGGACGAAGUGAAGAGUUUCUCCCAGCACUUCUCCCAGACAUACUUGCCUGCCACAGAUUAACUGGGCAUCACUACAAGCCCGUAAUCCCAGCACCCACAUGGCAGCCCACAAACCCCAUAAUUCCAUCAUAGGUGAUCUGACCUCUUCUGGCCUCCUGGUGCACCAGGUCUGCACGUGGAAUAGAGACUUGCAGAUCAAACACCCGUACAGAUUAAAUCAACGCCAUGAUCCUAAUGGAUAGGUUAGUUCUCUGCCAGUGAAAAGAGCCAAUUUCAAGCUAAAUUAGAUUCUAUUAAAUGCAAGUGUAUUGGGAAGCUGCUCUUUUCUCUCUGUCCCUAAGGACCAAGCCACCAUGGGUUGGGGGACAGAGAGAAAAGGCACCAACCACACAGAGAGGAGAGGAGGGGGAGAAGGAGGAGGGGGAGGAGGAGGAAGAGAAAGAAGAGGGAAAGGAGGAGCCCAAAAUGUUGGAAAGAGCCUUUGGGGAAGGGCAGCCUAGCCCCUGGGCUGGAAAGUUCAGUGUUGGGGACAGGGGUACCUUAGGUAGGAUGCUGGGAAAACCUGGAGGCCAGGUCUGCUUUGAUAUGUAAAAUAUGCACCUCAGUCCCUUGUCCUGGAGUCCAAAAACCAAACUGUAAUGUCUCGUUUAAAUUAAAGCUUCCAUAUUUUGAGUGCUAUGUGGUGCCACAUUGAGAUCAGGCCUGGGUCGGGUUUCACGGCGUAUCUGAGGCUGCCUCUCAGUCUCGUCCCUCCUCCUCAGCUUUCUGAGUGCUGGGAUCAUGGCUGUGAACCAGCACACCCGACACCACUCUGUUCGUUUUGCAGAGUUGAGGACUGAACCCAAGGCCUUGCACAGCCAUGUUGAGUGAGGAGUGAGAGCAAGUUCAGUGUUCAGUAAUCUUAGACAAUAACUAUCAAAUGUUGUUGAGGGAGGAUAUUCCAAGCCUUUGUUUGCCUCUCUGAAAGUUGGCUUAACUUCAUUCAGUUUGUAGGGUUCCAGAUUCCUUUCAUUUCAUCUGUGUAAUUGACGGCCCCGAGGGAUUUCCUUUUUAAAUGGGCCAUGGGUUAAUCCCACAAUUAAUGAGCAGUUUAAGGUGUUCUGCACCGCCCUUUGUGCUUUGGGUUGUCAAAUUGCUGCCCUCUGAGCACUAGGGGCCUCAGAAGCUCAGUGUUUUCAUUCUGAAUACAAAGAUUAGAAGGAGGCACAUUUAAUUUUUAAGAUCCCAUUCAUCUUGCUGAGAAGCCUGGUCCUUGGAAGCAAAGUUUAAUUUCUGAACUACUCUGGAUACACUGAGCAGUGUUUAGAGAGGAAAGGAGGCUCCUUUUGGAAGUUGGAAGUUUUGGCUAUAGAGACUACAUAGCUCAGAGGCUCUAACCACACUGCUCGACCAACUGGACACAGGAAAAGUUUCACAGGAUCAAUUCACGAAGAGGACGCAGCAGUUGUAAAUCUGUAUGUGCCGGAUGUCAGUGCUGGGAAAUACGUAAAAACUACUAACGGGUUGGGAGGGAAGAGAAGGAAUGACACAAGAACAGUGGGGGUUCCAGCACCCCCCUUUCCACAGUGGGUGGUAGGUAGGUCAUCUAGAUGGAAGUCCAGUGAAGAAACGCUGAACUGGACGUGCACACUGGUCCACAGGAGCCUGACAGUCUGCAAAGUGUUCCGGUCGACAGCCACACGAUGUGUGUUCUUCUUGUGGGUGUAGAGCACUUUCUAUAAUAGACCCCAUGUCAAGCCACGAGAUAAGUGCACAUUUAGGAAGCAGACAUCAUGUCCUGCCUUGUGUCACCGUGAUGGUGUGAGACUGGAGGAUAGAUGACUAUAUGCAAAUUCAGAGAAUUCAAAAUGGAAACUAAACAUCUUAAGCCAGAGGAGCCUGGAGACAGGCUCCAUAACCUACCGUAUGGAGCACAGACAGGCCUAGGGAGGAGGACUCUCGAGACUAUAAAUGCCUGUAUUAACAAAGGAAGAUGGCUGGCAGCUGAGUACCACACAGCAGGGAGCUGACAGAGCAAACAGCCCAGGGUUAAGAGGAGCAGUGAAGUAAGGAACCCAGUGAGAAAGCUGCAGAACAAAUCAAGAAAUGAUGGCUCGGUUUUUCUUAAAGGGAAGAACAUUGACAAGACCAAGCUAGACCAAGAAGAGAAAAGGCCCUGAGUAGGAGCAGAAGAGAAAGCAAAGGCAUCAUAAUGGGUGCCGAAGAACGGAGAGGGUCACAGGGCGCUAUGAAGGAUUACACGCCAAAAUCUCCGCCUCCGGGAGGGGGUACGUUUCUGUAAGCAUGCACCCACCGAGACCUGAUUAGACAUGCAGCAAGUGCACUGGAGUAGUAAUUACAGAGAAAAGAGGAUUACCGGGCGUGUGAAGCCAGCCUGGGCUCCAGCGUGAGACCCUGCCUCAACAAUGCAGAUAAGCACACACAUAAACGUGUUAAAAACCCCAGACAACAGAAGCUUCCGUGAAGCAUUCCGAGAGAAGGCGCCCAGGUCGGCACUCAGCCUGGUGUCCUAGCCAAGGGACCCCAAGGAAGCUAUCGGCCAGUAGCACUGAUGGGCAGAGACGAUGCACUCUCAGUAGAGUAAGAGCGAGCAGAAUUAAACCAGCAUCUGCCGGAGCAGCGCCUGGGUGACAGAGCUGAGGGAUAGCACCCACUCCUUCCGCAUCCGCUCAGCAUCAUGCUGGGAGUACAAACAAGAACAAUUAGGAAAACGGUAUGAAAGGCAUCCGAACAGAGAGGAGUUAGUUAUCACUGUCUGCAGGUGACAUGCUCCUGUGUCCGUUAAAAAAACAACAAAAAUCCUCAAGAUUUCACCAGUUAGUUUUAGAAAUGACAAAAGGGGAAAGAGUUCAGAACAUGAACCAGAACACAAAACUCGAUUCAUUUCUUUAUACCAAUAAAGACAGUGCCUGAGCUGAGAUGGCGUUGUGCACCUGUAGUCCUAACCUUGAGAAAGCUGAGGCAAGAGCUCUUGAGUUCCCAUCCAGGCUGCAGGCCACCCUUGUUUCACAGUGAGAGUCUGCCAGCCGACUUAGGUGUCCAUCGGAGCAUGUCCGCUUUGCUACGGCACUCUGCUGAGGCUCCGGUCAUGACUUUCUGUGGGUUUGGUCAGGGAUUAUAGUGAUUAUUUUGUCUAAAUACAGUACUCUCCCCCUCCUUUUUAAACAGAUUUAGCUCACUGCAGGAAGUCAGUGGGCUGGACAGUAGCUAGAGUACUGCCUAUGGCUGCAUCUCUGUGUUUGAGAGCACAAACCUCUUGACAAUACUGCGGGCUUUUAAACUUUUUCAUUUUAAUUUCUUUGUAGCCUCUUUGGCGCCGUAUACAUAUUAGAUGUUGAAUAAGCACCGUUUUGCAAAGUACAUUGUUCCUCUUGGAAACGAUUUAGUUCAUAGGAUUAGGACUUAUUCCAGUGGCCCUCUAAGGAUUUUGGCAGGGUGACUUGUCCAGUAAUAUGAUUGGUUGUAGCAAAACACCCUUUGCAGGAGGACGCGGGAUUAGAGGAAUUGUGUCCGGUGUCUUGCCUCAGGAAAGAGCUCAGUAGAGUAGGAUCAUUCCAGAAAAGUAGAAAUGGCCAGAACCGGAUUUAAGGUCUAGUUCAGGUGGAGAGAGAGAGAAGAGGAGCCGUCGUAGUGUGAGCUCUGGGGUGCUUCUGUGUGGCUUGCUGGGGAAGUGCAAAGGCUUGUUUGUAUCCGUUCAUAGGGCACUGGAUACAUGCACCGUAAUCUUGGAAGCUAGUAGAGUCCAUCACCCAGUGAGCAACUGGGAUAACAAGCGGGUGCUGCUUGUUUCAUUUUCUCGUUUCCGGAUUUCUUUCCAGCGCAGAGUGGGAGCGUAUCAAGGGAACGUUUCCACAGAGAUUUAUGCUCUGCAUCGGGAGAGAAAGCAUGGAGGACGAGGACAAUCUACCUAAGAUGUAGGUGUGGGCUGCUCCAAGAGUUGUGCUCAAGUGUCUUUAGCAGUGGCCUCAUGUAGGGGUUUGACUUCUAGAGUUUAAAGGGUUUCUGAGGAACUCCAUUUCUUUCAGUCUAGGACCCCACAGUGAGGUGCAUCCCUGAGGUGCGUGGGAGUGGAUGGGUAAGUUCUAAUGAAGGACAUCGAUGAUGGUGUGUGUGAGGUUCUCAGUCUACAUCUGGGAAAGGAGUGGGCUUCAAGCCCCAGGUCGUAAAAGACACUUUGGCCUUAGCAUGGCUCACUGCUGUUUCGUCAGUCAUUCAUGUUUGCAGCAUCCCUGUAAAAAGGGAAUCCUGUCUCUGUGCAGACAGUCUUCACAGCAGAGUGUUUAUUGUGCUGGAAUUCCUGACUCUGAGCUGGACAAAUCAUGACCAGACUCAGGGGUAAGAGCUUCCUUUCCCUUCCACUCCCUCAUGAUUUUCUCUACUCUGCUAUUCUGCCUCAUUUUCUCCUUCUGGGACCCUAGUUUCUUAAUCUUAAGUGUUUCUGAGGCUGAACUCUGUUUUUGUAACCUCUGCACAUCUAAAGGAUGGAGAACCAGGGGCUAAAUGUUAUAAUAUGUCUGGUCUAGGGGAGGCCCGAGAUGGUCCCAUCACAGGGAUGAGAGGAGCCUCACCUAGAAGGGACUCUAGGAUGUAAAGCCAGGAUGUAAAGUGUCGGCGCCAGCACCGACACAGUACCGAGAAUCGGGCGAAAGCCUACAGGAUGAAAGAAACACACACACACACACACACACAGGUUAUCAUGUCAAGCCAGGAGAGGAAGAGAGGAAGAGAGAGAGAGAGAGAGAGAGAGAGAGAGAGAGAGAGAGAGAGAGAAAGGAAGAGUGAGAGUGAGGAAGAAGAGUGAGAGUCUCCUGUAGCUUUAUUCACCACUUAUAUACCCAAGUUCUCCAGGUAGAAAAUAUCUGGGAAGCACAGUGGGAAACCCUGGCUCAUGACUUACCUUCGGUAACAAAAGACCGACUUCGAGAUCUGAAUUAAUUAGGGAGAAAUCCGAGAAGACCAGCCUAAAUCUCAAGGAUAAAGGCUGAGGAAGCAAAAGGCAGAAGUAAAUUGACCACCACCCAGGUGUGGCCCAGGUGUGUCGGUUCCACAUGCAUCAGCCGGGCUCAGCAGAGGUCAUGCAGUGGAGACACCGGGUGUUUACUACUUGGUCUUUUCUUCCUGUGCUGUAAAUACAUGGGAGAGGCCUCUGUCCAACAAUCCCAUGACUUCUUAACUGUGGCCAUGCAGUUACAAAGCAGCCAGGCCCAAAUCCAAUAUGGCACUACAGUAAAGACCCAGAAUCUUACCCCACAGAAACAGUAAUCAUGGAAUUAUUUGACCCUAAAAUCAUCACCAAAAUAGGACUUUAAAAAAUUAUCUCGCACCCGAGAACUCUGAUGGUAAGUCAUUGAAACUUGAGGCAAAUUUUGACAUCGAGUUAAAGAGGACUGAGGGCAUCAUUGCCCCAACUUCAGAUGUGUUUAGGGAACUCUGCCCCUUCCUUCUGUUUGUGGGUGGUGUAGGGAAAGUGGGUGCUGUGUUCCAUGGCAUGCUUUUGGGGGCCAGUGCACAGCUGUGGGCCUCAGCUCUUCUAUCCUGUGGACGCUAGGGGUGAACUCAGGUCAUUAUGCUUCGGUGAGCUUACCCGUGAACCAUCACCCCAGCUUACCCGCUCCUCUUUAGGGCUAGCAGAUGUUCUCCCUCCUACUGAGAAGGCCUAUCAGGGGCAGGGUGGGUGUAUUUCAGGGACAGGGCAGGUAUAUUUCAGGAUGGUGGUGUUCAGUUUUUCUGUAAGAUGACUCAGUUAAUUUCUUGUGAUUGGUUCAAACACACAAAUCAUAAACUCUAGGACACCAGCAAUGCAUCGGUGUCUCAUUAAGGAAAAAUCAGCUGGGCACUGAUGGCACAUGCCUUAAUCCCAGCACUCAGGAGGUAGAGGCAGGUGGAUCUCUGAGUUCAAGGCCAGUCUGUUCUACAGAGUGAGUUCCAGGACAGCAGGACUACACAGAGAAACCUUGUCUCAAAAAAACGAAAGAAAAAAGGAAGGAAGGAAGGAAGGAAGGAAGGAGGAAGGAAGGAAAAGGAAGGAAGGAAAGAAGGAAGGAAGGAAGGGAGGGAGGGAGGGAGGGAGGAAGGAAAGAAGGAAGGGAGGAAGAUGGGCUGGAUUAAAUUCUCUACUUCACUCUCCCUGUCUCUUCUGUCCUUGUUGUAUGAGUCCGGGGAUGUUCCUGCUGGAAGUCUGUCUUAGGAAUCUGUCUGUUUCUGAGUAUGUCUGUCCCUGUAUGUGCCCUGUCUUAGGAUUUCCAUUGCUGUGACAAAACACCAUGAUCAAAAAGCAAGUUGGGGAGGAAAGGGUUUACAAAUAAGCUUACACUUUCACAUUGCUGUUCAUCACCAAAGGAAGUCAGGACAGGAACUCACACAGGGCAGGAACCUGGAGGCAGGAGCUGAUGCAGAGGCCAUGGAGGGAGGCUGCUUACUGGCUUGCUCCUCAUGGCUUGCUCAGCCUGCUUUCUUAUAGAACCCAGGACCACCCACCGCCCACAAUGGGCAGGGCCCUUCCCCAUCAAUCAUUAAGAAAAUGCCUUACAGGCUUGCCUACAACCCAGCCUUCCAGAGGCAGUCCCUCAAUCGAGGUCCUCUCCUUCCAGAUGGGUCUAGUCUGUGUGCCAAGAUGACAUAAGGCCACGGCAAAAAAGGGACUGUGCACAGAAAGGUGUCCAAUGGGAAAGGAAUGAAGGGCACUUUAUAGAAAUCUGUCAUAGGCUUUACAAGGAAUGGAAGUAACUGAGUUCACCUGACCCAGAUAACAAUAACCAUAUUGUUUUCAGCAGUAACCAUAUUGUAUCAUAACACAAUGGACUAGUUUUUAGUCAGGCAUGGAAGAAUGCAUAAUUUAACGUUACAGUUAUGCAUUAGCUUGGUCGACUACAUGGAAAAUCCAAGGCAAGUAAAGUUGAUGCAUUGUUUCUGAGAAAGGCAGGUUAAACAGGCUGAGCACACAGUAGGGCAGCACCCUUAAGUCUCAAGUGACCUCAGAGUGUAUUAUUAACACUCUGGCUGUAAGAUCCAGCAAAAAAUCCGGUCUCUCAGAACGUUAAGUUAUUUUGAUAAUAUUGCAUUGCCACACCUUCUAGGCUUAAGAGUAAGACCUCUUGGGCUGCAAAAAAAGACUGAACCAGAAAUGAUAUCAAAUAGCCCAGUAGAAUAUGAGAGAGCCGCCCCAGAGGGGAUCCAGUGGUGGAAUGGGUCCAGUGGAAACGGUCGGUCAUAGUGACUGAGUGGGUGUUAAACCAACAGCAAGGGAAAGACAGCGCUGCAAUCGAAGAUGGAGCCGGAUCCGGCUGUCGACAGAUCCCUAAGUGGAGCAUGCCUUCGUGAGUGAGAGGUUGUGUUUCUCUCAUCUGAAGAGAAUGUUUGUGUCUUCCCUCAGUUCCCUGGUGUAAACAACUUUGUCUUCAGGACGCUCUUGGGGCUGAAAGACUCAGGAAAAGGUUUUAUUCCAGAGGUUUAGGCCAUGACAGCAUUUUCAGUCCUGGGUGGAGUAGACAUCCUACCCUAAGCAAGCCCCAGAUCAUCUGAAGACGGUCUGAUGUCAUUCUGGGCGUGGCGGUGUGCGUCUAACUCCAGCACUGAAGCAGAGGCAGGUGGAUCUCUGUGAGUUCAAGGCCAGCCUGGUCUACAGAGUGAAUUCUAGGCCAGCCGGAAAUACACGGGGAGAUCCUGUCUUCAAAACAGAACAAAACAAAAACCAAAGAUUUAAUUUCCGGUUUCUCACAGGGCCCAUGUCUCUUUUUAAUAGUGGGUUAUGUCAGGGCGGUGGGAUGGCUCUGCCUCCUGGGUUGUUCUAGAUGCAGAACACGCAGGCUGCCACCAUUUGGGUGUGCAGACUUCAUAGUCCUGUUUACCGAAAGGUGAGCAGAGCAGUUGGUGUUCUUGUCCCUGGGCGAGCUGAGACAGGAGUGAGAACUUGUUCUGAUGAUCUGCUGGGGACCGCAGUACCUAUGCGCUCUCUGAGGGCACCAGUCAUUUUUAGUCACCCAUGUCCUUGCUGUGUGGUCCAUUUAUCUCUUGCUUCUGUGUACGAUGGGCUUAGGUUGAAUUCUGAGACAUAGUUAUUAAGCCAUUUCUGUAAUGUCACCUACCAGCAUUGCUCUAGCUGUUGUAGCUUUUACACACCUUGGCCAUCCACGUGGUACAUACGUUAUAUGGUAUAUACCCUAUAUGAUAUAUAUAGGCUAGAUAUAGAAGAAAAUGGAGGGUUGGGAAUGUCCCCGUAUUUUAGGUAAGGACUUCCAGUGCCAGGCUUUAUUAUUGAGCUGUGUACAGACUGAUUUUCGAGGCUUCGGUUGACAGUAACAGAUCCUUUAUCUUUUUUUUUUUUUUUUUUUUUUUUUUUUUGGUUCUUUUUUUUCGGAGCUGGGGACCGAACCCAGGGCCUUGCGCUUCCUAGGCAAGCGCUCUACCACUGAGCUAAAUCCCCAGCCCCCAGAUCCUUUAUCUUUAAGACAUCCCUGGUUACUGCAGAAGUUUAUUUGAAAGGAGGUUGACCAAGACAGAAAACAAAGUCUUCUUAUCAAAAUAGAGCGAAUACGUAUUGUCUUGAAAAAAACCUGCCAGCGUUUCUCUUUUUAGGUAAGAUCUCAGAAGCAAAGUCGGGUUAGUCUUCAUUCUCCAGGUUACCUCAGGAAGGUGACCGGCUAAAGUUCUGUUACAGCAUUGACUCCAGCUAUUUCAGUCUCUCAAGAACGGCGAGGCGCCCCCUGGCUGUCAUGUGUGCUCCAGAGUCUCACUGACUUGACUGGAUGUUGACUAAUGACUAAUGUUGGCAUGAAGAAUCCACACUUACCUGACUGCCAACGUCCCCGAGUGAUUUCUUUAAAGCAGCGUGUCGCCUGGGAGUGAUUUUUAGAACAUUGGUUCUCAAGAAAGUGUGGUGGUUAUUACUGGGUUUUGGAGGAAAAGUGUACAGUGUGUGCUACUGUGUUGGUCACACAGGAACAGUGGCAUGUGAAAUGUGUUACUCCAUGGUUAGAGGACUUUAGACGAUGGUGAAUGCCAGUCACAAAGUGUAGAAGCCGGGACCUCACAGGUGUGGCUGUGUUUGCCAGUUUAGUGGAACCAGUGGUUUGCACAACUUUGGCUUGACUCCUCUGUAGUUUAUUUCAGCACAGGAUAAAAGCUGCACAUGUGAGCUAUGGUGGGUACGAAAACUCCAAUGUCCCGUGCUUUCUGGUUUUCAGGUGUGGAACAAUUUGUCACAUUGGCAAAAACUUGGUGGCUUGAGACAGUGUCUUUUCUUAGUUUUAGAGGUCAGACAUCCAAAAGGAGUCAGGUAGGACAGAUGCCAAGGUGUUGGUAGUGCUGGUGCCUCCAGAAGCCCAGGGAGAACCUGUUUCAUGCCCUUUCUUCCCGCCUGGCAGCCGCUAGUUCUUGUUCCUUGUAGAAUCGCCUUCCGUCCACACCACUCUUUCCUCUGUAGCUGCAUCUUGCCCUGGCGCUCUCUUACAAGGAUGCCAGUGAUCACACAAAUCACCCACACAACUUUCUCAGGACAAAACCUUGACUUUAUCAUAUCUGCUAACAUUAAUGGUUUGAGGGGAUCUCUGCGGGUCAGUAUACAACUUACCACAGUACUCAAGAUGUGUUGAUGUUUUCAUACCAAAUGCUAUUCUAGCCAGGAUUCACUAAACGAGUUUCAUUUAGAAAAGGGGCAUUAUCUUACACUUUAAUAUGAUGCAUAUGCUUGUGUUUGGCUUUUAAUUGACCAUUUUCUUCUGCUAAUUGUGCCAUUAAUGGUUUUCUAAAAGUAAUUCUUUAAUUUUAUGAUCUCCAUUAAACGCCAGAUUGAAAUAGAUCACAGCUCUAGUAAGUCAUUUGGAAGUUUUGAUUUCGCAGUGAGUUUCCCACUUUUUUUAAUGCUUAAGAAACUGACUUGGUGAUACCUGUGCACUCUCAGAAGAGCUACAAACAGAAAGGGCUCUCAGCCCCACCCAGCAUUGACACUGCAUCCCGUAUUUCUCCGUUUCCGCCUGCCUUCCUUUACUACCAAGCCUGUAAAAGUCAGGUAGCACCCGCUACAGGGCUCUGCCUCCUGUGUGGACAGCUCAGUCUUCACGAGUUCCAAUUCCAGGAAGUCUCACCACCGACAGAGGAGCCUGAUGUACGCCCCCAGGUCCGCAUGCUGCCCUUCCCUGGCUCCCGGCAACAGCUAAUCUCUGUCUGGUUGGAUUUGCUUCUUUUGGACACUUCAUGCAAAUGGGAUCAUAAUGUGAGGCUUUUGAUGCCUGGCGGCUUCCACUUAGCAUGGUGUUCACUGCUGAAGAAUAUCCCAGGGUAGAGAGAUGACAUGUCGGAGUGGCAGUCUCUUGGACGGCUAUACUGUCCUUUCUUCACUAACCACUCGGCAAAUGCUUAGGUCGUCCCACGUCUGCACUUGUGCUUUACCACUGCGGUGAGCAGUCGCGAGAUUAUGGGAAAAUGCCUGUUUUCAGCUCUCUUGGGAGACUUGUAGACGCAGCAUUUUGGCUUAUGUGGUAACUUGGUUUAAUAUUUUGCAGAUCCACAUGGGUACUCAUUAUUUUUAAUUUUUUCCUCCUCUUUGAGAACAGGGCAGCAGUGAGUGUUGGGGGGAAAGGGUCUCAGCUCCCUAAUCCCUCCUGAUAUUUAGGUUAAAGCCUGCAGCAAGCUUCCUCUGGACCUGACCAUGCUGAGGUGCACUCCCCUCAGGAGCGCUCCUUUCUUUCAUGCUCAGUGGAGGCUCUCAGCCCCUCCUUCAGCCCCUCCUUCAGCCCCUCCUUCAGCCCCUCCUUCAGCCCCUCCUUCAGCCUCUCCUUCAGCCCCUCCUUCAGCCCCUCCUUCAGCCCCUCCUUCAGCCUCUCCUUCAGCCCCUCCUUCAGCCCCUCCUUCAGCCCCUCCUUCAGCCCCUCCUUCAGCCCCUCCAUCAGCCUCUCCUUCAGCCCCUCCUUCAGCCUCUCCUUCAGCCUCUCCAUCAGCCCCUCCUUCAGCCCCUCCUUCAGCCCCUCCUUCAGCCUCUCCUUCAGCCUCUCCUUCAGCCCCUCCUUCAGCCCCUCCUUCAGCCCCUCCUUCAGCCCCUCCAUCAGCCCCUCCUUCAGCCCCUCCUUCAGCCUCUCCAUCAGCCUCUCCAUCAGCCCCUCCUUCAGCCCCUCCUUCAGCCCCUCCUUCAGCCUCUCCUUCAGCCCCUCCUUCAGCCUCUCCUUCAGCCUCUCCUUCAGCCCCUCCUUCAGCCCCUCCUUCAGCCCCUCCAUCAGCCUCUCCUUCAGCCUCUCCAUCAGCCUCUCCUUCAGCCUCUCCUUCAGCCUCGCCCUCAGCCUCUCCAUCAGCCUCUCCCUCAGCCUCUCCUUCAGCCUCUCCAUCAGCCUCUCCUUCAGCCUCUCCAUCAGCCUCUCCUUCAGCUCCUCCUUCAGCCCCUCCUUCAGCCUCUCCAUCAGCCUCUCCAUCAGCCUCUCCCUCAGUCUCUCCCUCAGCCUCUCCUUCAGCCUCUCCUUCAGCCUCUCCCUCAGUCUCUCCUUCAGCCUCUCCUUGGUGCUGUGGAAUUGUUGGCAUCUUUAGGUGCUUUGGGAGGUUGGAAUGUUUCCAAUUGGUUUACAGUAAGUUCAUGUUUCUCAUCUUUAAAAAAGCAGUGGAGAGGACCAGUGAGGUGGCCCAGCAGGCAAGGCCCUGCUGCUCAGCCAGUGACUUGGAGUUGAUCCUAGAGUGGGAGGAGAGAACCAACUUCCAGAGGUCUUUCCAGAGUUGAAUUCCCAGCAACUACAUGGUGGCUCACAACCAUCUGAACAAACAAGAAACCCAAGGAGUAAUGGAGUAACAACUGAAGUUGUAUACAUUACAUGCUUAUUUUAAAAUUCCUCAUCUUUUAUAUUUUAAGAAAUGUUAUUAUAGUAGGCCUGUGUGUAUGUCUGGGAACCACCUGUGUGGAGUGCCAGAAGAUGGAGCCCAGUCCUCUAGAACUGGAGUUUUAGAUGGUUGUGAUCUGAUGGCAGCUCCCGGGAUCAAACCUGGGUUCUCUGGAGGAGCAGCCGGUGCUCUUAACCACUGGGCCAUCUCUCCGGCCCUUUUGUUUUCUUUGUGAAAAAAAUUACACUUUGUGUAUGUGCGUGUGUAUCUGUCCAUCUGUCUAUAUCUGUGUGUGUGUGUCUGUGGGGGCAGGAACAUGUGUGUGUAGCUGUUUAUGUGUCUGUGGAAAGGAGUGUGUGUGUGUGUGUGUGUGUGUGUGUGUGUGUGUGUGUGUGCGCUCGAGUGUGCACGCUGCAGUGUUCAUGUGGAAGCCAGUGGCUUUCAGGAGUCCAUUUUCUCCCACCAGGUUGAUUCAGGGGUUCAAAUACCAGUGUCAGGCUUGCCCAGAAGUUCUCCACUCUGAGCCUUCUCGACAGCCCUACUUUACAGGGUUUUGUUUUGUUUUGUUUUGUUUUGUUUUGUUUUGUUUUGUUUUGUUUUGUUUUGUGUGUAUGCUGUCUUUUUGUGCCCUAGACCGGCCUUGAACUUGUGAUCAUGUGUGUACCACUUGACCAAGCAAGUCACGUUAUUUAUACAUUUAAAUUGCUAGACAUGUAAAAAUUACUUUAGGUGCUUGAAAAAAAAUUGUGAGAAAAGUGAGCUAAAGUAAAACAUCUCAGAGAUGAUCUUGCAGUCAAAUAUUCCAAGCUUAAAGUUUGGUUGGCUGCCAGGCUCCGAGGGCACAGUGCAGUGCAAUGUCCAGUUCUGUUUCCACACCCAGCAUUGGACUUCAUUCCUGUGCCAUGUUGGUUGUGGCUUAGCUUGAGCUCUGUGAGGCCUGGUUCAAGGUUAUGUUGGGGAAGUCUAGGCUAGACCUUGUCCUAAAGCCAGAGCAUUUCUCCUCCUUGGACUAACCUUUCCCAGGUCUCCGUUGACUGCUCUCAGAGGUCAAAGGGGCUUCUCCUCUGCAUGUUGGUUUCUUAAUGAUCCCAGUGUCUGCAGGCUCUGGAAGGCUGUUGGGCUUUCCCCUUCCUUCUGUUUCUGUGACGUUCACCCUAUGCACAGGUCAUUGUCAUUUGCUCUCGUGCUCCUCUGCUGGUUUCCUCUUCUGCUCUGUGUGUUACCCCAGCCUCACUCUCUGAGCCUCACUCUUCUGAGUAAGAAGCAGGACAACCUGAGGGUUCGUUUCUCCCCUUGUCUUUGAUCUUGUAGUGUCUUCUGUCUGGUGUUAGAAGAUAGUUUACACAACACACACACACACACACACACACACACACACACACACACACAGCAUUUCUUAGAGCUCAUGUAAAAGUUUGUUUAGAAAUGGAAUGGAUGCAGCUGGGCGGUGGUGAUGCUUGCCUUUAAUCCCAGCACUUGGGAGGCAGAGGCAGGGGGAUCUCUCUGAGUGGAGGACAGUGAGUUCCAGGACAGCCAGGGCUACAUAGAAAAACCCUGUCUCAAAAUCAAAGAGAGAGAGAGAGAGAGAGAGAGAGAGAGAGAGAGAGAGAGAGAGAGAGAGAGAAAUGGUAUCACAAAUCUUUUCUGUGAAGUGUCCUGCAGCCAAGCCUGUUGUCAGAAGGUGGAAACAGAG